AUGGAGAGUCUUGAAGAAAUCACCCGUCCCCGCGAUCCCGCUGAAGGAACCGUCGAUGAUGGCUCUUCCCGGACCACAUCAGUUGCUGAUCAGAGCUUGGCAAACUCCCUAGCGAGCUUGAACAUAGGAAGCGCAGAUGCAUCGUUCAAGUCCAUAUCCAGCAACAAAGUACCCGACGAGCAGGUAGACCGGAAAUUCACAGAGCAAGAAGACUCCUCGAUACCCCCAACCAGAGUGCUCUCCCCUUACGCUCCAGUGCCGUACAACCCACCGUCUGCAGCUGCCAUAAGUGAUGAUGGGGCCGAUGAGGACGAAGAGCCACGUAUAGCAACAUCCUUCGAGAGAGACUCUACCCCUACGUCCCUUCAAAAGCACCGGUCGAUGUUCUUCGAUACCGGUGAAGAAGGCAUCAACCGGAUGCAUAAAUUCUCUCUUUACGAAACAGCUACGAGGUUCUAUAUGGUUGGUAUGGACUUGUCGGACACCCGCUUCAGGAUUUUGAAAAUCGAUCGAACUACCGAGACGGGUGAUCUGAACGUCGCUGAAGACGAUAUUGUGUACAGCAAGAGAGAAAUGAGUCAAUUACUAGAUGCUAUUGACGAUGGCAAUAAGAUAUCGGGUGGCCUGAAGCUGAGGUGCAGUGCAUGGGCUAUGCUGGGAUUUAUCAAGUUUACCGAUACAUACUACAUGCUCCUCGUAACUAAGAGGAGUCAAGUUGCUAUGCUCGGUGGCCAUUAUGUCUACCAGAUUGAUGGGACUGAGUUGAUCUCUCUGACAAAUUCCAGUUCCUCAAAACUCAGACCAGAUAAAAAUCCGGAGGAGGCUAGAUAUAUCGCCAUUCUGAAUAACCUUGACCUAACUCGGUCUUUCUACUUCAGCUAUUCUUACGAUAUCACCCACACAUUGCAGCGCAAUAUCUGUCGAGAACGCAAAGCCCAUCGAGAUGGCUAUCCGAAGCCUUCCCAGCAGGACUACAACACAAUGUUCAUAUGGAAUCAUCACCUUCUCAGCCCUGCCCUCGAGAACCUGAAGAACCCUUAUGAGUGGUGUCUGCCGAUCAUUCAUGGAUAUGUUGAACAAGCGAAGAUGUCUGUGUAUGGCCGCUUGGUCUACAUUACUAUUAUCGCUCGCCGAUCACGAUUUUUUGCAGGAGCACGCUUCCUGAAACGAGGUGCCAAUGAUCUGGGUUAUGUCGCCAACGACGUUGAGACUGAGCAGAUCGUGUCUGAAAUGACAACCACCUCAUUCCACGCCGCCGGCCCCGAUCUUUAUGCAAACCCUCUCUACACUUCCUAUGUUCAGCACCGGGGAAGCAUUCCUCUCUACUGGACGCAGGAAAAUUCCGGCGUAUCUCCGAAGCCUGAUAUUGAAUUAAACCUGGUCGACCCAUUCUACUCCGCGGCAGCGUUGCAUUUCGAUAAUCUGUUUGAGAGAUAUGGGGCCCCGGUCUAUAUCCUAAACCUGAUAAAGUCCAGAGAGCGCACCCCACGAGAGUCAAAGCUUCUUAAGGAAUACACCAAUGCCAUAAACUAUCUCAACCAAUUCCUGCCAGAAGACAAAAAGCUUAUAUACAAGCCCUGGGAUAUGAGUCGAGCUGCAAAAAGCCGUGAUCAGGAUGUGAUAGGAACGCUUGAAGAAAUUGCGGGCGAGAUUAUCCCCAAGACCGGAUUUUUCAAGAAUGGGCAUGAUGCGGAGUCUGGCCUAAGGUUACAAAAUGGCAUUGCAAGGACAAACUGUAUUGAUUGCCUCGAUCGCACCAAUGCCGCCCAAUUUGUGAUUGGAAAACGAGCACUUGGCCACCAGCUUCAUGCGCUCGGAAUAAUUGAAGGCACAACGGUGGAAUAUGACACCGAUGCAGUCAAUCUUUUUACUGACAUGUGGCACGAUCACGGUGAUACAAUUGCGAUCCAAUAUGGAGGUUCUCAUCUAGUCAACACAAUGGCCACCUACCGGAAGAUCAAUCAAUGGAGCAGCCAUUCACGAGAUAUGGUGGAGAGUUUCAAAAGGUACUAUAAUAAUUCAUUCCUGGAUGCACAGCGACAGGAGGCAUACAAUCUUUUCCUUGGCAAUUAUAUCUUUUCGCAGGGUCAGCCGAUGCUUUGGGAUCUAUCAACCGACUAUUACUUGCACCACGCCAAUCCAAGGUCCUGGUCAAAUAAGCCACGACCCAAUUACAUACGCUGGUAUACACCUGACAAUCUCAAGGAAAAAGAGAUGCCACCACCACCAUCCCCGCCCAAGGAGCCUUUGUCUCGGUAUGAUGAUCACUGGCUCGAAUACUACAGGCCAUUGGCUAUUUCAUCAUUCUCGAAGAUCUUCUCCUACAAGAUGAAUUCUACUCUUCGUUAUCUCCCCUUCCGUCCGUCAUCCGGGGCGCUCUAUGAUCUCAGCCCAUUUGUGGCUCGAAUCCCAAAUGAGCAAGUUAACAGGGAACGUCAACACCAGCAGCGGAGCGUCAGGAUUCAGGAGCCAGACUUUGUCCGAGAUCGUCCGGAAAGGACACAAUUUGGAGCUGUUACUCCUGCACCAAAUUGGCAUCUCUCUACCAAUCAAGGAUCCGGGCUCAUGAGAGACUCAUCAUUUGGAGCUUCCGAGACCAGCAAUUCCACUCAGCGCUCUACGCCCAGCAAAGCGCAAAUCGCACAGUGGACUUUGGGUCAACUGGUGAGUGACUCGUUGAAUCCAUCUGUCACGUCCGCGGAGGCCGAGGAGUAUGAACGCUAUAUCAACCACCCCCUGAAAGUACCUCUUGUUGUGACAUCCAGGGACGACCUUACGGCCACUUCUGCUCGCGAACGAGAAUCAAACUUGGAUUUGAUUGAGUAUGUCAACAAAUGCAAUGUCGAAGACUCCGCUCUCAAGGCCAACGCGGAUCAAAAUAUGGCAGACUACGCCGAGUUCCUCAAUAUAUCGGACGAAGGACUCACAGUUACUGCGGAGGACCAUGAAAUGAAGCGCUACAAGCGCUACCGACAAUGGUUGAGGGGCAAGAGUCUUUUCAAACAGCGAGUUGAUAUUUGA